CACAAAAUAAUUCAAUUAAAAGACGAAUCCUUUUGUGAGAGAUCAAAAAUAAAGGGCACCACAACCACAGGUUAUGGUCUUUGUCAACCCGAGUCCACCUGAAAGGCUUGAGUUGGAUCCGACCGGAAUGGCCCUUCCCGGCCUUGCCUCUUUCUCUGGCCACGCUGCCGCUGCAGCCGUGUCGACGACUUCCUCCUCUUCCGAUGACCCAUCUAAAAAGGUUCGAAAGCCAUACACCAUUUCCAAGUCCAGGGAGAGCUGGACUGAGCCCGAGCAUGACAAGUUCCUCGAAGCACUUCAACUCUUUGAUCGUGACUGGAAAAAGAUUGAGGCUUUUGUUGGGUCCAAGACUGUUAUACAGAUACGCAGCCAUGCACAGAAGUACUUUAUGAAGGUUCAAAAGAGUGGGACUCCUGAACAUUUACCUCCUCCCCGUCCUAAAAGGAAAGCUGCUCAUCCAUAUCCUCAGAAAGCCUCAAAAAAUGCCCCUCCUCCUCUUCCUUUGCUUUCUCCUGGUGAAGGCUCGUUUCAAGCAUUGCCUGCUGCUCCUCUUGAACCUGGAUUUAGGAGGGGGGCGGAUUGUUCUUCCUUAACCAGGUAUCCUAUUACUGGUGCAGAUGUGGCUUCCUGGACUGAGAAUUCUCUGCAAACAGUUAACUUAUCUCAUGCAAUGAAAGGGCAGCAACUCAAUAGUUGCAGUAGUACGGAGAGCACUCCACGAAUGCGGCCAACAGCUGAAAUCACAGAACAAGGGAACCAUGGCUCUUCAUCAGUAAGAGUUCUACCCGACUUUGCUCAAGUGUACAGUUUCAUUGGCAGUGUGUUUGAUCCGGAUGCUUCUUCUGAUCAUCUACAGAAGUUAAAGACAAUGGACCCCAUUGAUGUGGAAACUGUUUUAUUGUUGAUGAAGAACCUCUCAAUUAAUUUGAGCAGCCCUUCUUUUGAGGAACAUAGAAGGUUGCUUUCAACUUAUGAAAUUGAUGAAGGCGACAACUCGGACAAGGGUGAUUUUAGUGCCUACCUUGUGCAAGAAUCUCCCCAGUUAUUAACAUGACAAUAACCAUUUGGGAUGUGUCUUACAUAUAUAUUUGUACUCUAGUUAGUAGCUAGUGUGUUGUAUAAAUCUGUCUGGCAAUAUAUUAUAGUAUACUACUAGUCAGUGUGUAGAAGGAGAGAGUGUAAAAAUUGUAAAGAUAUAAAUUCGAAGAUUCUUUUCUUUUAUUACUCUGUUUCUUCAGGACAUCAAGUUCACUACACCAAACCAGCAAAAACAAGAUACAAAUUCACAGACAAUAUUCAAUCCAACAAUACCAACAACAGCUAAAAAGAUGUUUUCAUUUCU